UAAACGCUAAAAUUCGUUUAAAGACGACAUGACACUAGAUUAAGCUCGGGUUGCGUCGCCAGAAAAGACAGGUUAUUAAGUCAAAAGCCUUGAUUUUCACUUGCUAACUAUGCAUGCUAAGGGUGAUUGCUAACUGACUGCUUAAAGUUAGACACACUUCCUCGUCGUGUUUUUCAAUAUAAGACCCAAUAUAGAUGCAUUACACAUGGCGUGCAGUAUUGCUCAAUAGUAACCACGUCAAAUACAAUAGUAACCUUUCGAUACAAUAUGUAGUUAUCACGCAUUUGCUUUAAAAUGUAUUGUACACCAUAGAGUUUGAACACACAGUCGCUACACUGCUUUUAAUUUGGAAGCUACACUCACAACAUCCGGGCAUGUUACCACCCCUCUCCGUCUUACUUUGGCCAGUAAACAAUUUGCGGAGUCAAGCAUGCGACGGCGGUGCCCAAUGUCCAACAUUUGAAUAUUGUCAAUGAAUAACCCUACUUAUUAUUGCUUUUGAUCAAAUUCUACCAAGCACAGACAGACGGACAGACGCACACCUCCUCAGAGCAGUUUGUGUGUCGUUUAGCUCGCUCGCUCGCUUGCUAACAGUGCUAACACGAGCAGUCUACCAGCAAGCUGGACGCGAUGUCGCUGGUGGACCUGGGCAAGCGUCUGCUCGAGGCGGCGCGUAAAGGUCAAGAUGAUGAGGUCCGAAACCUGAUGGCCAAUGGAGCGCCGUUUACCACCGACUGGGUGAGUCGCUGUCUUGAGGCUUUGACAUUCUCUAGUAACGUUCCACGCAAUAACAUGCCCUCCUCACAGCUGGGGACGUCCCCCCUCCACCUGGCCGCCCAGCACGGCCAUUACUCCACGGCAGACGUCCUUCUGCGAGCAGGUGUCAGCCGCGACGCACGUACCAAGGUGGACAGGACGCCUCUGCACAUGGCUGCUGCCGAGGGACACACCAUCAUCGUGGAGCUGUUGGUCCGGAGCGGCGCAGACAUCAACGCUAAAGACAUGUUGAAGAUGACGGCGCUGCACUGGGCGGCGCAGCAUGGACACCACGGCGUGGUGGAGACCCUCAUCAAGCACGGAGCCGACGUGCACGCGCUCAGCAAGUUCGAUAAGACGCCGUUUGACAUCGCUGUCGACAUCCAGAACACUGACCUGAUGCUGCUUCUGCAGGAGGGCAUGCAGAACCAAGUGAACAUGAACCAGGUGAGCGUGAACGUGGAGUCCGGCAACGCAACGAACCAGCCGCAGUUCAUCAUCCAGGGAAUACCUGCCAUCCAGGGGGGUGUGGUCAAUCUGGCCGACCUGCUCAACAAGGCCAACACCGAAUCAGAGGAAGCGUUGGCUGCCAAUGCGCUGGACUCCAACAUCCAGCAUGCUGCUGUUGUCAACGAGGGAGGUCAGAGGGUCAUCACCAUAGUAACGGACCAACAUGGCAAUCUACAGACCACAGGGGGGAUGACGCAGCCCUUCUUUGUCACCAUGCAGCAUGGACAGCAAAUGCUGGCAGUACCCGCCAACACCGUGGCAGAGGAGGUGGUAACAGAGGAAUCUCAGGCCCCACCCUCCAGGAAGAGGAAGCUUGAGGUGGCCAACAACCACAACGACACAGGAGAAACUGAGCUGUUACAGAGGCAGCUGCAGGAGGCUAACAGGAAGGCACAGGAGUACCGACAGCAGCUGCUGCGCAAAGAGCAGGAGGCCGAGGAGUACCGAAUCAAGCUGGAGGCCAUGGCCCAGAGCCAGGCCAACGGCACGACCAAUGCCGCCACGGCAGCCGUCAGCCCAGAGGAGGUGGUGGGCGGGGAGGACGAAGAGGAGACGGCGGCAACAGCAGCGGCCGUGGUUGAGGAUGAGGGGGAGAUGGUGGUGCUGCAAGGUGGAGGGAUCAUCAUGGAGGGGGAGGAGGGUCAGGUGACACUGGUGGAGACCGGGGGAGAGCCCACAGGGGUCAGCUCGUAACAGAUGGAGGGUCGGCGCAGGAAGGAAGGCUGUGGCCGAGUGAUGCCGUAACGUGUCAGAGACUGCCAACGACAGCAGGAAGACGGCGUGAACAGACUGACGCGCCAUGCCGUCUUUCCAGCGUCCCAUCAGAGGAAUUCCUUUGCUAAGUUAGCGCUAAGCUUCCUGUUUGACAACGUGUAUCACUACGCUUACAUAAUUUCCCGUUUCCUUAACUUCACUUCUCCUUGUGCGUUUGUCCCGCACGUUUAUUACUCACUUCAUUGCUUUUGAAUGUGUUGGAGGACGGAACAAGCCCACUAUGGUUCCUUUUGUUUUUCCCCAAAAGCCACGCUGGAAUCUCAAGUGUCGCAGUGGACUUUGCAAAGGGAAUCUUUUGGGAUAAUUGUACCUCACCUAACUCGGCCUGCUUUUUUUGUUUUUUUUUUUUAUUACAUGCGGAUGGAAAACUGUGAAUCUGGAAUGAACCUAAAGCCGUCUGUUGUGUGCACCUUUCGAGGGAACAGGCAGGAACAUUUAAGCAGUUACUGAAACUUUUGCCACGUGAAUUAACAUUUGGUUUCCCAGCUGAACUGCUGUUGUUUUUUAAUCUGUUUCACAGGGACUUUUACAGUUUUCAAACUCCAUUCUUCCAGUCAAAAUGUGCUAGAGAAGCUUCAAGUAGAAUUAACCGGAGGCUAUGAGUACAUGAAGGCUAAAAUAACCGAAACAGACAAUAGUUUUGUCCUUCCCGGCCCACCUGUGAUAUGCCUGCUGCACCUUCCCUCCUUCCUCAUCUUUGUUUGGCAGCAUUUGAGUUAUUUUUUUAUAAACUCAGCAUUUUUCUAUGUAUAUAUAAAGUUGUAUUUUUUUAACUGUAUCUGACUGCUUCACCGUGAUAUUAAUGCUUACCUGAUAUAUAAACACUUGUUAACGUCA